UUCGCCGUGUGCACACGCUCAAGUUGUUCCGUGUUCGCCGAAUCGUAGCGCAUUCACCCUUCUCUCUCUCUCAACUGCUCACUCGCUCGCUCGCGCAGACGAAUCUUCCAGGCCACCGACAAGGAAACGCAAAAGUGAAAAUCCAGCGCGUCGUUUCGUGCUAGAUCACCGAAAAAGCAACCAGCAAAUCGCGAGGCCAUCGCUACUUUUCUUCCCUUGUGUCUAUUUUGUUUAUCGUAUGUCCAUCCAGAAUCUUAGUACAUUUGACCCAUUUGCUGAUGCAAUAAAGGGUGCAGAUUAUGAUGUACAAGACGGUCUCGUGCACAUAAGAAUCCAGCAAAGGAAUGGUCGCAAAACACUAACCACCGUCCAGGGACUGUCGGCGGAGUAUGACCUAAAGAAGAUUGUCCGGGCAUGUAAGAAGGAAUUCGCAUGCAAUGGCACAGUAAUUGAGCAUCCCGAGUACGGCGAGGUUCUACAGCUGCAGGGUGACCAGCGUGAGAAUAUCUGCCAGUUUCUGACCAAGUCGGGUCUUGCCAAGCCCGACCAGCUGAAGGUGCACGGUUUCUAAGCGAAAAUUGCACAGCAAAAGUGCAGCGCGCGGGUGCAGCAGCAGGAGAAGAGUGGUUACGAGGGACAAGGCAUGCACUAAACACAAAGAGAAAGGAAGUGCCCUUUCUCUCGCGGAUAAAGUGUGCUCGCGGACACCAGGAUCCCGAAGCCGCCCCAUCCAUCAUCUGCUACCGACGCCGCCGAGCUUUCGAACGUUGUCCCAAAAUUCCCAUCUCAGCCACAUUUAACAACAAUUCACGGCGCAGCAGUACACAGACACAGAGAGACAGCGACACCAAAUAGAAAAGAUCCAAUUAAAAUAUCUGUCCCCUAGCAGCGCAUCGCACCAUCAUCAAGCGUUUUUUCCCGGCCGCGCGUUAUCUUUUGAUUUUCUAACGUCGGUCAAAUUAGUUCCCCGAACCCCACGACCCAACUCUUCUGAUUGAUCGCGCGUAGAACCGUAAUUUCGGUCAGUUCAGUUCUUUUUCAAUGAACGUUCCCAAUCGACGAGUGGGGACCUCUCCGAAGCUUCGUAGCAGCAGCAGCCAACGGCGAAGCGGACGGGGCGCACUGGCGCCCUCGUCGCUUCGCUUGGCGAUUCUUCUCCGGUGUCGACCCUAACCCGGGUGUCGGCAUCGGCGAUGAGGCGCUUGCUGUGAAUAUUUAGAGAGCGUGAGCGAGAGAGAGAGAGAGGGGUGUAUGUGUAGGUAUCGGAAGUGGAACGAGUGUGUGACGGAGUUAUCGAAGUCUCGAGACUGUCGAGAGAACAACAUCAUCCUCCCUUGGCAGCAGCAACCACAUUGUGUACACAACAACAACAACCAUCAACAACAUGUUGUCUUAGAACGGAACAAUAUAUACAUACUUAGCAUAUGAACAACCAAUUCUCACACACCUGCCUAUCUGUAACCGCGCGAUUGCGUUGCAAUGGUCUUUGGCGCGCGCGCGGGGGCGCUUUCGGCAACCCCCCACGCGCGGGGUAAGAUCGUAAAUCUCAUUCAUUUUCGAUUUUUCGGUGGGAAGUGUAGCCAUAAUCUGCCCCGACACCGGUUCACUUUGUGCUUCUGCAAAUUUUCAUUUUCACCCCGGAACUCGAACCAUUGACACAUACGUUUCAUCCAAAAAUGACGAGAGGGUAACUUUAUUGACCUUACGUGAGCUCUGCUUGUCCAGCUUUUUGUGGCGCACCACGUGGCGCGUUGGUAAACUGAAAUUCAAAUGCGCGUAUUCCCCACCGCGGUGGCGGAAGAGGAGGUCCUUCGAUGCAACGAUGCAGGCGGCGAAAUGAAUUUCUAACAGAGCGCGCUAUUGUGUGGGCCCAGAACAAAUAGAAACCGAAAACACAAUAAAAUAAAAUCGCAACUAAACCCCCCACUAAUAAAAACCAAAACGUGUAAUAAACGAGAAAACCAAGGAGUUCCGUCUUACCGAGUUGUUGUUCCACGACUAUAUUGUGUAAAGGUUGGCCUCAUAAACCGUAAACCUUGGUGGUUCCGCCCCGGACACGGAACACGACGACGGCGGCCACAAGGUUUGUUUAUGUAAUUCCUAACUAACGAAUGCAAAAUACAUCAAUAAUGGUUAGUAGAUCAAUUGAAAUGACCGCGGCAGCGCAUAAUAAUGAUGGUAAUAAACUCGAAAAUAAAGCUGAUG